CGGUGGCGAACUUGGAGCGGCCAACUCAGCUUGGCGAGUCCGCUCCACAUCCCCAAAAAACGGAACCCAAAGAGAUGACGUCCUUUGCUUCUCCCAUCUGCUUUUUCGUGAGGUUUGACUGGAUUUCUUGUCAACUUAAACCAAACGAGUCUCAUUGGAGCAGUUAAAAAGUAGCAGAUAAAGGAGACAACUUCAUCUCCGGGAAGAUGUCAACGACGCACCCCAACCACAGCCACCUCUCGGCGGACACUAUCAGCCAAGCGGACCCAUCGGAGGUGGAGGGGCGCAUCCGCAUGCUGCUCUUCGCUCUGUGCGUAACCAUCGCCGCUGCCACCUUCAUCGGCGGCGUUUACUCGCUCCUCUCCCUCCUGCAGAUGAGAAGGAAGACGUCCCUGAGUCUCAUCGUGGCGUCCAUGUCCGUGGACGACCUGCUCAGCGUGGUGCCGCUCUCCCUCUUCAUCCUCCUGCAGUGGGAGCGGGACGGUGGCUCAGCCAGCCUCUGCACCCUAGCCGGGCUCCUUUACGUCUUCCAAGGGGUUUCGAGCAACAUGAAGGCCUGCCUGAUUGCUGGCUAUACUUUUUACGUGACCAAGAGGUUCGGGGUGCUGCGCUCGGUCCGCCGCCCGCUCGGGGUGAUGUGGGCCAUCGCCGGCGUGUGGGCGGUCAGCCUGGCCGUCAGCGUGUUGCCUCUGUGCGGUUGGGGCAGCUUCGCGCAGGCUCCUUUGGGCUGCUUUCCGGAGAGUGAUAGCUUUUACAUCCUGCUGCUCUUCCUCUUGUAUUCGCUGUGCUUUUGCGGCUUGCUGUUCUUCUUCCUGUCCCUCACCUACGAGCUCCUGUGCUCCAGAGAGCCCCAGAGGAGCGUGCAGUGUGCUGGCUACCUGGGGGACAUCCGCUCGCUCUCCCGGGACAGCCUGGAAAAAAGUUUUGGUGCCUACAACGAGCUGAGCCCGAGUUCGUGCGGGACGAUCUGCGAGCUCAGGGAAGGGAAGGAAGGAGUUGCCAGGUGCCCAGGGUCCGUCUGUGGUCAGAUGUCAGCAGCUGUGGGGGACACCCCUGUGGUGUUUGCCCAAAAACGCUUCUCCAUGAUUCUGGCGGUUGUCAGGGUUACUUUGUGGAUGCCAAUGAUGACUUUGGUGCUGGUGCGCCACACAGCCAACACGCGCAGCUCCUCCUUGGAGACUCUCAGCUUCUUCCUCACGUUGCUGGCCCCUGCGGUGACGCCGCUCUUUGCGCUGUCUAAGCGCUGGAUCCACAUGCCGUGUGGCUGCUUCAUUAACUGCAACCGUGACCCAACGCAAGACCCCUCAGGCUUGAAAAGAAGAUUUGAGUUCAACCUUUCCCUCCACAAAGGUUGCAGAGUGUUCAAGCUAUCCCAUGUCCCCGUCUCUCCCAACACCACACUGGCCGAGAAGCCGUCUUAUCACAGCCUCUUCAACAACGACUUUCCCAACGCCCGUCUGGAUGCACUCGAGAGCGGUGGGCUCUGCAGCUUGGGGCCUAAUUUGAGUUUCAGCACCACACUCCCUGUGGACAGCUCCUCCCAUGCAGACCUUUUGCUGGAGGCUGUUGCUGGUGGGGGAGAGACGCUGGCCGAUUGUCCUCCACUGCCCCGUGAUCACCACGGAGGUGUAGAAAGUUUCCACGACCUCCCCUCCUCGCCACUUAAUCACCGGGAACAAGACCACCAUCUUACAGACACCUCGUCGGUGUUCGAAGCCUCCGAGAGGAGGCUGUCACACGAAGAGUGCCGGAAAAUUGAGCUGACAGAUUGGGAAUGGUGCAGGAGUAAAUCAGAGAGAACACCCAGACAGAGGUCAUCCGCCGGUCUGUCCAUCCCACUGUGCGCCUUCCAGGGAACAGUAUCUCUGCAAGCCCCCACAGGGAAGACCCUCUCUCUGUCUACCUACGAGGUCAGCAGUGAUGGACUUAAAAUAUCUCCCAACAAUGCCAAGAAGGUGGAGGUGUAUCGCUCCAAAUCAGUAGGCCAUGAGCCCAGCGCAGAUGACAAAGCACCCGAAUGCCAAGCAGGCGAUGUGAACAUCAGCGGCAUCAGCAUGGGACUUGAUAUGGGAAUGGGCAUCGGAGCCGGCGUGGGUGACACAAAUGUCAAGAUCCACCUGGAGGUGCUGGAGAUCUGCGACAACGAGGAGGCCAUGGACAGCGUCUCCAUCAUCUCCAACAUAAGCCAGUCCUCCACCCACGCCCGCUCACCCUCGCUGCGUUACUCUCGCCGAGAAAACCGCUUUGUCUCCUGCGACCUGGGGGAGACGGCAUCCUACUCGCUGCUCAUCCCCACCACCGGCAAUCCCGAGGUUGAGGCCAUCAACAUCACUAUCCCCGAUACGGUGGAGGCGCAUCGGCAGAACAGCCGUAGACAGACGCAGGGAAGCUCGGGGUACCGUGAGGAAAUACAGCUGCUCAAUGAGGCAUACAGGAAGCAAGCUGGGAACACAGAAUAAAAUAUGCGAAACAUUUUUGAAUGACCCAAAAGUAGAAAGACACUAAGUAGAGCAAAGACCUCCAACAUGGCACACAUUUUUCUGUUUGUUAGUUAGUAGACUGGAAACUAAAACGAGCAGUAUCUCACAAGCAAGACCCAGGGACAGUACGAUAGAAAGUAAACUUGGAUAUACUUUACAGCGGGGGUGUCCAAACUGCAGUAAGGGGCCAUUUGCAGCCCACGGCUGUUUUGUUUAUUGGCCCGCAGCACAUUCCAAAAGUAUAAUUUAACAAGAAAAUUACAAAUCAGCAGUAAUUUUACAAGAAUAAAGUCCAAAUAUGAUGGGGAUAAAGUCGUAUUUUAAGAAGAAAAAAAAAUCACAAUUUUAGGAGAAUAAACUUGUAAUAUUAUGAGAUAAAAUAAGGUCAUUUUAGUAGCAUUGAGUUGAAAUUUUCAAUUUUUUUUUUCAAAAUUGUAAUGUAAAAAACAAACAAAACUAAAUAAAGUUGUAAGUUUUGGAAAAUUAAAAAAAAAUCCUAUAAAUAAAUAUUACGAGACAGCAGAAAUGGAAAAAACAGCUGAAAUUUUACAAGAGUAAAGUCAAAAUAUGAAGAGAAAAAGGGUGUAUUCUAACAAGAAAAAGAAUUGCCAUUUUACGAGAAUGAACUUGUAAUGUUAUGAGGAAAAAUAAUGUCAUUGUUGUAACACAGAGUUAAAAUAUUAAAGGAAAAAGACUACUUUUGGCAAGAUGUAAUAUUAUGAGACCCAGAACAACAAUUGCGUUGGGGAAAAGUUAUAAUACCACACGAAUUAUAAAAUAAUAUGAAGACAUAAUAUGAGAAGAAUUUGUGGAAAAUUAGGUUGGGGAAAAAGUCCUAAAGUUAUGAGAAUAAAGUCAAAAUAUUAUGGAAAUCAAGUUACAAGAAGAAACAAUAGAUGCUAACAAGCCAGUAUCAGAGUCGUUCAUACCCAACUACAGGGAGCUACACUUCCCUUUGAUCGGAGGUGCUAAGGGCAGGAAAGGAUUAUACCACUACUCUGCCCAGGCUUAGUGUAAGGAACCAAUAGGAGGAGGGCGUUGGCACACCAAUUCCGCCCACUCUUACUGUAUUUAAGGCCUAGGCUACCAGCACUUAUUAGUUCGCUGACGAAGCUCUUCGGAUGAGGAGCGAAACGUCCGACACAUUCUUCACAGAAGUACAGAUGACGUCUCAAGAAGCCUUUCCCUCGUUACAAGAAGAAAGAUUGAAAUAUUUGGAAAAUGGAAGAAAAAACAGUAAGAAUGGGGAUAAAAGAGCAAAGAAUGAAGUUGAUAUUAAUAAUAGUCUUUUUCACCUAUAGUACGACAAAGCUGAGAUGCAAUUUUUUCUUGAAAUAAACAUAACUUCUCAGCAUAUCUACAUGUGUUGCUUUACAAAAUAUCAAAGUGGCAAAGUUGCAUCCUUUCAUUUUUCACUAUGCGGCCCUGCCAUGGGAAAAGGUUUGGACGCCCCUGCUUUAGAGUAGCCAGUGUACAGCUUGUACAGCAGUAUAGUUCUACUAUCCACUGAAAAGGAGUCAGCACACAUCCAUUAUUGUCUAAUUAUCUGGCAACACAAGUGAUUACCGAGAUAAUUGUGUCUUGCCAAAGCUAAGCAUGGAGAUGGUAGCAUCACGGUCUGGGGGCUGCAUGAGUCCCGGGGAGCUGCGGUUCCUUGAGGGAAACAUGAAUUCCAACAUGUACUGUGACGUUGUAAAGCAGAGCUUGUGAAACUGGGCUGCAUGGGAGUUUUCCAACAUAAUUAGGAGCCCAAACAGACCCCCAAGAUGACAAAUGCCCUGCUGGAGAAGGUGAAGGUGAUGAAAUUUGAAAUAUCUCACAGUUUGGACAUGUUCACUGUGAGGUGUACUCACUCGUUGCCUCUUGUGCUGACUUAUUUUCGGAGGACUGUAAAUCUCUACUGCUAAGAUGGGUUUUAGCGAAGGAAACAGCGCUUCAGUGUUUAUAUUUUCGCCAGGACGUUCACCUUCUGGCAGCCUGUCACCCCGAAGCGGAUGCAGCCGGAGAUAAAUUGAUUAGGACACGGUUUAGGGUGAGGAUGUGGUCACAUGUCUGACGUCACCCAUGCCCGAACUGCGAGGAGAGGGAGGUCAGCUGACCCAUGUGUCUGACUCAUCCCCCUCUGCAGUUUUUUUUUUUCUGUGUGUCUUUGUUCCAAAAUCCGGCAUUGAGGAUGAAGACUUUAAUGAUCGUAAUGGUUUGUGAUGCUGCUGCUGCCACGAGCAUUCAUACUGCAUUUUUCUUUCAUGUAAUGUAGCCACUCUGGUGAUUUGUUUUAAUUACACUAUGUUUCUCUUUGUGCCUGCUUUACAUCCAUUAUGUAUUACACAGGCAGUGUUGCUGCUAUCAAAUGAGCCAGAGAGACUCUGCAGCUGGAAAAGGAGAGUAAAAUGGUCACGAGCCCUUGUGGAAUUGGAGACGAGGAUGAGGGGACUUACUGUAUGGAGAUGGGCUUUUUCGCAGUGUGGGCGGCACAUGAAUGUUCUUUCCAAUCGCAGGACUCAUUUAAGGCUCACUCCAUUCACUUCCCAUCCAAUCAGCGAGCCGCCGAGGGCCACACGCAUACAUGCAUAAAUCCACCUGUGGGAUUUUGUAGGUCACAUUGUGUAUUUUAUCACCAAUUUCUAUUUACUGUGAGCGUCUAUCACAGGGGUGUCCAAAAUGCGGCCCGGGGGUCAUUCCCGGGCCCACUGCUGUUUUUUUUUACUGGCCCGCAGCACAUUUUAAAAAUAGAAUUUAACAAUAAAACUAAAAACAACAGCAAAAAUGGAAAUAUUAGCAGUAAUUUUACAAGAAUGGCGUCCAAAUAUUAAACGAAAAAAGUUGUGAUCUAAGAUCUAAGAAAUCAUGUAUUUUUACAAGAAUAACAUUAUACUAUUAUGAGGAAAAAUAAUGUCAUUUUAGGAGCAUAAAGUUGAAAUAUUAAAUAAAAAACUUUUUUUUUUUAAAGUUGCAAUAUUAUGAAAAACAAACAAAAUAACAAAUUUGUAAUUUUUUGGAAAAUUAGGUUGUUGAAAAAGUUAUAAUGAAACAAGAAUAAAGUCUAAAUAUGAUGGGAAUAAAUUAAUAGUUACGGGAAGAAAAUAUGCAAGAAGUUGAAAUAAAUGGAAAAUUGAAAAAACAACAACAACAGCAGAACUGAAAAUAACGCCACUUUUAAUUACAAAGUUUUAAGAGAAAAAUGUUGUACACUUAAUGAGAAAAAAGGUUGCAAUUACAGUAGAUGAGAAAAAUGGUAACAUUAUGAAACACAAAACAUAAAAAGUCAUAAUAUUGCGAGAAGAAGGGUGAAAUAGUUGGAAAAUUUAAACAAAAACUGCAGAAAUUUUUAAAAAGCUGUAAUUUUACAAGAAUAAAGUCAAAAUAUUAAGAGAAAAAAGGAAAUAUUUUGUGAAAAAUAAACUCAUAAUAUUAUGAGGAAAAUCAUGUCAUUUUGGCAGCAAAAAUAUUCAAGAAAAAUGCUAAAAAAGAAAUUUAAGUCGUAAUAUUUUGAAAAAAAUAAAAUAAAGUUGUCAUUUUUGGGAAAUUAGGUUGGGGAAAACGUUAGAAUAUUAUGGGAAAGUCCAAAUAUUAUGGGAAUAUUAUGAGAAAAAAAUAUGAAGAUUAUUUAAGAAAGUGAAAAACACAACAGCAGAAAUGGAGGGGAAAAGCGCAAAGAGUGAAGUUGAUACUAAUAACAGGCUUUUUCAUUUAUACGACAAAGCCGAGAUGUAUUUUGUUUCUUGAAAUACUGUAUAUAUAACUUCUUAGCAUAUCUACAUGUGUUGCUUUACAAAAAUAUCAAAAUGGCAAAGUUGCAUCCUCUCAUUUUUCACUAUGUGGCCUUUGCUGGAAAAACGUUUGGACACCCCUAAUCUAUCAGAACCAAAUCUGCCUUCAUUUUCCUUGAUAAGGAAAUAACUAUGUGCGUGUGCAACAAAUGACAGUAGUUAUUCCAAAAACCAUUUUAAAAUCUCUCGUUGUACGAUAUGUUUUGGAUUGUGUCUUUUAUGUGUGUGCGCUUUGAGCAGCUGCUCUUACUUGUAGAUACAGUACAUCAUUUUUAAAGACAUCAUUUGCAGGCUUCUGAAUUGUCCUUUAGCGAGCGCACUUCAUCAACUGCGACAUGUUCCAUCCCCCUGAAGAAUGCUGUCGUUAAAGAUUCAUUAGAGGAAGCUGCCUCUGACUAGACUGCAGAACAUUUCUAUUUCCAUGGCGAGCAGUCCAAACACACAACGCGUACAGUAUAGAAGCUCAGCUGUGGUAAUGAAUGUAAAGUUGACUUCAAUGCCCUGCUCUCAAAGUGACCACAAACCAUUUCAGCUCUUAAUGGUGCCAAAGGUUCCGAGUGGCACGUUCAGACGGUUUCAUCUCUCCACAGUGGAGCUGAGUGGAAGUAACUCAAUUAUCCGCUCACUCUCACUUUACAACGGGAUUCAUCUUUGCGUCAAAUUGUGCUUUGUUGAUCAAUAAACUCAUUUUGCUUGUCGGGUUUGCACAUCAGCUGUUUUUUCAUUCGUGUCAGCCAUACGUUGGCCGUCAUUAUACUUGUGCUGAGAGGAGAACAGUAUGGUGAUGACUUCACAACAGCUUUCAGGUACUCUCAUCAUUUUCGCUUUUCUGAUUUAGUCCCUGGUUCCUUAAGGCAGGAGCGUCCAAACUUUUUUCCAGCGAGGGCCACAUAGUGAAAAAUGAAAGGAUGCACUUUGAUAUUUUGUAAAGCAACACAUGGAGAUAAGCUAACAAGUUAUAUAUAUUUCAAGAAAAAACUGCAUCUCAAUUUUGUGAUAUAGGUGAAAAAGCAUAUUGUUAGUGACAACUUCGAUAUUUUUUCCCCAUUUUUGCUGUUUUUACAUUUUUUCAAAUAUUUCA